AAAUAAAGAUGAGUAAGUGCCCGCGGCGUAGCCCACGGCCCACGGCAUAGGGUGUACUACUUUUGCCAAUCCGAGUACGCACCGUAUUCUAUAUAACCGGCAGGCUAUCUGUGUUUCUCAUACAACAUAGUAUGGCUCUUGAAGAAUACACAGAUCUCGCACGACAGGUGGACAAAACUUUUCUGCUUCGCAGUUUGGGUCUAGCCACUGCAUUUCUGCUUGUCUUACAACUUCGAGGAGCUUUGGUUAAUAGAGCCAAGCUGAAAGCCAUUCCUACGGUCGGGUCUUCUGGAAUUCUGACGUCUUGGAAAGAUUCCUUCAAAUCUGUAUUCCACGUGAGGGACGUCAUCGAAGAGGGUUAUAGAACGCACUAUGGAGGAGUUUUCAAAAUACCUUUCCCAGACAAAUGGAUGGUUGUCGUUACUGGUAACGAAAAGAUGAAUGAUAUCCGGAAGGCCUCAGAUGAGCAACUGUCCUUCGCAGACGCAAGCAUAGAUGCUCGUAACUUUCAGAUGGACCACACAGUAGGUCACAGGCUCUCUGCAGACCACUACCAUGUAGAUGUCAUACGAGGCCCCUUGACGCGCAAUAUCGUUGCAUGCUUUGCCGAUGUUCAGGACGAAAUCAAAGCAGCCUUCAAGGAUUACAUUCCGAUGAAUAAAGACUGGACCGAGGUUCCCGCAUACCAAACGGCUCUGCAAAUUGUAUGCAGAGCAAGUAACAGAAUGUUUGUCGACCUUCCUCUCUGCCGCAAUCGCGAUUAUAUUGACCUCAAUAUUAAUUUUACUGUCAAUGUUACUGCCUACGCUCAUGUUCUCAACCUUUUCCCUUCAUUCCUAAAGCCAAUCUUGGGAUCCAUCUUCACGCCUCGCAGAAACGCCACGGCUAAGAUGGAGAAAUUCCUCGGUGAAACAAUAAGGGAACGAUUGCGCCAAGAUGAUUUAUAUGGCAAGGAUUGGCCGGGAAAGCCGAAUGACGUUAUCUCGUGGCUCAUCGAUGCAACAAAUGGUGAUGGCGAGAGACGCACAGUACAGGACUUGAUACUUCGGGUGCUUGUCAUGAACUUUGCAGCUAUCCAUACGACGUCCAUUACAUUUAAUAUCGCUCUACUCUCCGGGACGAGGCAGAAGCAGGCCAUCGCAGAAGAAGGCUGGACUAAAGCUGCGAUGGGAAAGAUGAACCAGCUCGACAGUUUCAUCAAGGAAGCUCAGAGACGGUAUGGUAGCGUCAGUGUCUUUAGCAUGGCUCGCUUGGUAAAGAAAGAUUUUGUAUUUUCGGAUGGCACCGUUGUCCCUGCUGGCAAUCAAAUUGCUGUCGCUGCUCAAUCCAUACACAUGGAUGAGGGAAAGUACGAAGAUCCAUUAGAAUUCAAGCCGUGGAGAUUUUAUGAUAUGAGAAAGGAGGAGGGCGAGAGUAAUCGUCAUCAAAUGAUCAGCCUGGACCUCGAUUAUGUCCUUUUUGGAAACGGACGACCGGCAUGCCCGGGUCGCUUCUUCGCUGUCAAUGAGCUAAAGACCCUCAUGUCUUAUGUUCUUGUGAACUUUGACGUGAAGAUGGACAAGGUUCCCGAAGCCGGGUGGUUCCUCUCUGAUAGAUACCUGAAUCCAGACAGUAAGGUGCUGUUCAGGAAGCGUGCGACCGUGUGA